AUGUCGACUGGCUGGAGGUUUGCCUUUGUGAUAUGCACUUUACUAAAAAAUAUCCUGGCAGCAGGGCCUACUCCAAGUUACUCCCAGCAGACAGUACAAGGGAGUGACACUCCCUCUCCCAUAGACUGCAGAAUGAGCUCCUGGAGUGGAUGGUCGCAAUGUGACCCUUGCCUCAAACAAAUGUUCCGCUCAAGGAAUAUUGAGGUCUUUGGACAAUUCAAUGGGAAGAAAUGCCUUGACUCUGUGGGAGACCAAGGGCAGUGUUUACCCACUGAGCCCUGUGAAGAGGCUGAGGAUGACUGUGGAAAUGACUUUAAAUGCGGCACAGGCAGGUGCAUAAAGCAGCAGCUCCUGUGUAAUGGUGACAAUGACUGCGGAGACUUUUCAGAUGAAGAUGUUUGCGAAGAUGAUCCCCGUCCCCCUUGCCGUAACAAAGUGGUGGAAGAGUCCGAGCUGGCACGAAUGGCAGGCUAUGGGAUCAACAUUUUAGGGAUGGAUCCCCUAAGCACUCCUUUUGACAAUGAGUUCUACAAUGGCCUCUGUGACAGGGUUCGGGAUGGAAACACCUUGACAUACUACCGCAGACCCUGGAAUGUGGCUUCUUUGGCCUAUGAAGUCAAAGCCGAUAAAAAUUUCAGAAUCGAGCAUUUUGAAGAACAUUUUCAAGCAUUCACAAGUAUCAUUGAAGAGAAGACAAAAAAUUUUAAUGCAGAUUUCUCUCUAAAAUUCACACCCACUGAAGCUAAUAAAAAGGAUAAAAAUGAAGCUAACGAACAUGCUAACAGAAUAGACUCUCAAAGUCAUGAAGAUAAAGGAAAAAGGUUUCGGUUUAGUUAUUCCAAAAAUGAAACUUACCAACUAUUUUUGUUAUAUUCUUCACUAAAGGAAAAAAUGUUUCUGCAUGUGAAAGGAACGAUUCAGGUGGGAAGAUUUGUGAUGAGAAAUCGGCGUGGCAUGCUGACAACAACUUUUGUGGAUGACGUAAAAGCUCUGCCAACUAACUAUGAAAAGGGGGAAUAUUUUGCAUUUUUGGAAACCUAUGGAACCCACUACAGUAGCUCUGGGUCUCUAGGGGGAAUCUAUGAACUAAUAUACGUUUUGGAUAAAGCCUCCAUGAGGGAGAAAGAUGUUGAAAUAAGAGAUAUACAGAGAUGCCUCGGGUUUAAUCUGGAUUUGUCUAUAAAUCGUGGCGCUGAAAUCACAGUAAAAAUUAAUAAAAAGGAUUGUUUAAAGAGGGGUGAAGGUAGACUUGUAAACAUCACUAGUGAUAACCUCAUAGAUGAUGUUAUUUCACUCAUACGAGGAGGAACCAGAAAAUACGCCUUUGAACUGAAAGAAAAGCUUCUCAAAGGAGCCAAGACAAUUGACGUGACUGACUUUGUAAAUUGGGCUGAUUCUCUAAAUGAUGCUCCGGUGCUCAUAAGCAUGAAACUGUCUCCUAUAUAUAAUCUAAUUCCAUUGGAAAUCAAAGACGCAUACCAAAAGAAACAAAAUUUGGAACGAGCCAUUAAAGACUAUGUCAACGAAUUCAGUGAGAAAAUGCCAUCCCUGCCAAAAUGGAGGCAGUGCGAUACUGCUGGAUGGGCAAUGUUUGUGCACCUGCCCAAAGACAUUUGA